GAGGCGCGGGUACGCGCGUCGGUCGCCUCCGAGGUGAUGGCGUAGGGGGCCGGGGUUCCCCGCCCCACACCCAGCUGUUAGUGUUGGGCACGCGCGUGCCCCCGCCCCUCCUCCCAUCCCCCCGUCCCCGCUCCCGCCCCCAUACAGCCCCCCCUCCCCCCUCCUGCCUUUUAAAGGCGUAGCUCUGGCCGCUGUCCCGGAAAGCCCUUCCUUCGCUCCCGUUAGGCUCCGAGGCCGGAGGAGGGAGGAGAAAGCAAGAGAGGAAGACAGCCUCGACUUGAGCAGCCGCUCCCUCCCGCCGAGCCCCGCCGCCACUCUCUCCAGCGCCCCUCCGCCGCCGUAGCAGUCGUCAUGUUCCGAUACCUCGGGGAAGCGCUGCAGCUGUCCCGGGCCGGGGCCUCGGCCUCAGCCGCCGCCGCCGCCUCGGUGGAUCCCGCUGCCUCCGCCCUGCUCCUGCGGGCCCGGGGCCAGCCCGCAGCCGCGCCGCCCGCCCCUCGACGCCUCUACAGCGAGGCUGCCGGGUCCCGGGAGGACGAUCCCAACUUCUUCAAUAUGGUGGAGGGCUUCUUCGACCGCGGCGCCAGCAUCGUGGAGGACAAGCUGGUGGAGGACCUGAAGACGCGGGAGAGCGAAGAUCAGAAGCGUAACCGGGUGCGCGGCAUCCUGCGCAUCAUCAAACCCUGCAACCAUGUGCUGAGCGUCACCUUCCCCAUCAAGAGGGACGACGGCUCCUGGGAGGUGAUAGAAGGCUACAGGGCGCAGCACAGCCAGCACCGCACCCCCUGCAAGGGAGGUAUCCGUUACAGUACAGAUGUUUGUGUGGAUGAAGUAAAAGCUUUGGCAUCUUUGAUGACUUACAAAUGUGCUGUGGUCGAUGUGCCAUUUGGAGGAGCCAAAGCUGGUGUUAAAAUCAAUCCCAGGCAUUAUACAGACAAUGAGUUGGAAAAGAUUACAAGAAGGUUUACCAUGGAGCUAGCAAAAAAGGGCUUUAUUGGACCUGGUAUUGAUGUCCCCGCUCCUGACAUGAGCACAGGUGAAAGAGAGAUGUCCUGGAUCGCAGAUACCUACGCCAGUACCAUAGGGCACUAUGAUAUUAAUGCACAUGCCUGUGUCACUGGGAAACCUAUCAGUCAAGGUGGUAUCCAUGGGCGUAUCUCAGCCACUGGUCGUGGUGUCUUCCAUGGAAUUGAAAACUUCAUCAAUGAGGCUUCUUACAUGGGUCUUUUGGGAAUGACACCAGGAUUUGGAGAUAAAACAUUUGUUGUUCAGGGAUUUGGUAAUGUCGGGCUUCACUCAAUGAGAUAUUUACAUCGUUUUGGUGCUAAAUGUGUUGGUGUUGGUGAGAUUGAUGGCAGCAUCUGGAAUUCAGAUGGCAUUGACCCAAAGGAACUAGAAGAUUAUAAGCUGCAACAUGGAUCAAUUGUUGGCUUCCCCAAAGCAAAGCCCUAUGAAGGAAGUAUUUUGGAAGCAGAUUGUGACAUACUUAUCCCUGCUGCUGGUGAGAAACAGUUGACGAAGUCCAAUGCUUCCAGAAUCAAAGCAAAGAUUAUUGCUGAAGGUGCCAAUGGACCCACAACCCCAGAGGCUGACAAGAUUUUCCUGGAGAAGAAUAUUCUGGUUGUGCCUGAUCUCUACUUGAAUGCCGGAGGUGUGACAGUGUCUUACUUUGAGUGGCUGAAAAAUCUCAACCAUGUCAGCUAUGGCCGUCUGACAUUCAAAUACGAAAGGGAUUCUAACUACCACCUGCUCAUGUCUGUUCAAGAAAGUUUAGAAAGAAAGUUUGGCAAGCAUGGUGGUGCUAUCCCAGUUGUACCAACAGCGGAAUUCCAGGACAGGAUAUCAGGAGCAUCUGAGAAGGACAUCGUACACUCCGGGCUAGCAUACACUAUGGAGCGUUCGGCCCGGGUACGUAUGCAGAAAUCAGUGCUGCCAGCCUUUCUGCCAGCCAUGCCCGAUGGAGCUCAAAGGGGUCAUUUCUCUAGAGCUUCAGUAGUAUUGAUUUUGUCUGGAACUGCGGGCGGCUUUUAUGGUAUUAUAUGGGGAGAGACACACACACACACACACACACACACACACACACACAUCUGUUGGAAAUUGGGGAGAGACACACACACACACACACACACACACACACACACACACACACACACACACACACACGUCUGUUGGAAAUUGCCCGUAGGCCCUGCCUGGUGUCAAGGCUGCUUAGUAGAGAAGAGUCCCUUAAAUGUGGAAAUGAUUUUGUUCUCAGACAGGGCCCAUGCACCUGAUCAACAAGGAAUUGGGCCCCACUGGGCAGAGAUGGGGAUUCUAGAAUCCCGCUUCUGGCCCCAAACCCUGAAACACGAGACUGAGAGGCCCCCCGUGGGGGCCGUAAGGGGACAUGGUCCUUGGAUCAGCUUCGCUUUGCCAAAGCUCAUUGGUGAAGAGAGGGGGCAGGGAAGGGCACAGGAUCACAGACCCAGGCCUACGGGGCGUCAAAGGCCUCUGUGCUACCUGCUUUUUUUUUGUUUUCUCAUUCUUAGUCUAACUGAGAAUAUCUGAUUCACAGUGCAUCCUGUGGAUGCUUCAAAGAGGUAAAAAUGCAUAUAGGAACAUCUCAGUCUAGUUUUCAUAUUUAGAUAGAACACUUCCUAGCUGUGUGACUCUGGGCACAUCACUUUAGCCCAUUGCCUAGCCCUUACCACUCUUCUGCCUUGGAACCAAUAUACUGUAUUGGUUCUAAAAUGAAAAGUAAGGAUUUAUUUUUUUUUAAGUUUAUUAUUUUGACACAUUUUCCAUUCUAUAUUUCAGCAAAUUAUGCGCACUGCCAUGAAGUAUAACCUGGGGCUGGACUUAAGAACUGCUGCCUAUGUCAAUGCAAUUGAGAAAAUCUUCAAAGUGUACAAUGAAGCCGGGGUGACCUUCACCUAGACCUUCACUAGUGGUCCUCACCGCCGCGUAGAGCAUCCUUUCCUCACCGCUUCCUCUUCUGUUCCCUCUUCCAGCCUAUCACAAGUUUACAUGUAACCACAGAAAUACCUUUUCCGUCCUAACUUACUCUAGUGAACGCUUCCCAGCCAGCUUCAGCCCAAAUUAGUCUUUAAUUUCUUUUAAACCAGACGAGGCAUGUGCAGACUCCCGGCUCUAACCAUAGCUGGUCAGCAUGUUCGAGGGCCAUGGGGGCUAUUUGGCUGCUCUGGCUGCCUCCUCUGCUGCACCGGCUGAGCAUCCAGUGACCCCGGCUGUCAGCUCCCUCCCUCUCCUUGGCUCUUUGCACUUUGGGUGAAUACUAGAGCUUGCUUGGAGGCUUGGAAGAGGGUCUUCUUAUGACUUGUGUCUGGUCACUGUCAGAAGAGAGAAUGACCGUCCUGCAGGGAGUUAGUGUUACUUUACAUCAGCAAAAUAGCUCCAUUUGACCGUUGCAGAAUUAUAGACUUUUCUCUCUUAGUCAAGUUUUUCCUCCCUUUUUAAGGAAAAAAAAAAAUCCAUGCUGCUGUAAUAGAAUUGCCUUUAAUCACUUAUCAAACCUGAUCUUGACUCAAAGCAGUGAGAUGCCUAUAAAUGUGGAUGAAAGAAGCUAGUAUUUUUAUAAUCUGAAAAGAACAUUAUCAUUUAUAGUUUAUCACCUGUGUAUAGUUAUCCAACAAAAAUUAAAAUCCAGUUCCUAAGAAUAGAGGAUUUUCAUCUUUAUAACUCAACAGCUGAAUGGGGCUUAUUUUUCUUUUAAUAUUUAAAAAUAUUCUGAACUUUGCUAAAUGUAGUCCUGGUGUGGUCCAAUGGACUUAGUCACCUCUUCAUUGUAAAAAAAAAAUUAGAAGUUUUUGUUGGGGGGGCAUGUUUUGCUUUGAGAUCUGAUCAGAUUAUUAGAUAUUAUGGUGCCUCAUUGAAAAGUGAAUUAAAAUAUAAAGUCUAACCAGAAACAGUUUUGACCUUGUCGUUUGGACCCUCUGAUGGCUCUAAAUAUUGGUCAAUGACUUAGUCUCUGGAAGUCUUUGUAUUUUCUCUUUAUUUAGAGACCUCACAUUCUGAAUGUAAUGAAGCCUAACAAAGUGGACCUUGACACAAAAUUGGAUCAAAUCUGGUUGUUUUGUUUUGGACAAGUUUAUUUCUUUGGGGUUAUUUGGGGAAGCCUUUUUGUCUAGAGUCCCAAUGAAGUGCCAGAUAUUUAUACAGUGAAAAGAAUUCUCCAUCUCCCCCUCCCCCCUUUUUUAAGGAAAAAAAAUCACAGAAAUUUCAUGUUUUUUUUUUUUCUAAUACUUUGUAACUGCAUGACUUACUUAACAGGUUGAUAAAAGCAGUUAUUAAAAAGCUCAUCUUUUUCAAACCUA